GGCAGGGGCGGGGCUUGUGGCUGGGAGGCUGCAGCCGCUUCGACCAGCCAGGGGCCUCGCGAUCCGGGGGCUCCUUGCCCAGCCGAGCUGCCUGGUCUUCGAGGACUGCAGGCAGGCCACUGCCCUCCAGAACCAUGGGUGUUGCUCAACCCAGCUGGGACUCUGCCAGGCUCCAGAACUCCGUCUAAGCAAAGGGCCUUCUUCCAGCCACCCUCUUCCUGUCUGCCAUGGCCACGCUCAGCUGCUGCCUGCCUGCCUGGGAAUACAGCCCACCCAGCCCCAGCCCUGAGGGGUUAGGCCAGGCCCCUGGGCUCCAUUUCACAGGGUCACCUCAGGCACCUGGCCCCUUUCAGAACAAGAGCAACUGAUGCCAUGGGAGGAGCCCCGCCCACCUGUCUGCUCGCCUGGCACUGCCUGCUCUGAGGCCCCUGCUCUGGGUCCCCCUGGAGGUGCCAGCCCUGUGAAUCCCUUCCCUGUCCCCCACGCUGAGAAGGCCCUGCCCACCCCACCAUGUGUGAGGUGAUGCCCACAAUCAACGAGGGGGACCCUCUGGGGCCCCCACAUGGUGCUGAUGCGGAUGCCAACUUUGAGCAGCUGAUGGUGAACAUGCUGGAUGAGCGGGAGAAGCUGCUAGAGUCCCUUCGUGAGAGUCAGGAGACCUUGGCGGCCACGCAGGGCCGGCUCCAGGAUGCCCUGCAUGAACGGGACCAGCUGCAGCGCCACCUGAACUCCGCCCUCCCCCAGGAAUUUGCCACCUUAACCCGGGAGCUGAGCAUGUGUCGGGAGCAGCUUCUAGAGCGGGAGGAAGAGAUAUCGGAGCUGAAAGCAGAGCGGAACAACACGAGGCUGCUUCUGGAACACCUGGAGUGCCUGGUGUCCCGCCACGAGCGAUCGCUGCGGAUGACGGUGGUGAAGCGCCAGGCCCAGUCGCCCUCAGGGGUCUCCAGUGAGGUGGAGGUGCUGAAGGCCCUCAAGUCGCUGUUCGAGCACCACAAGGCCCUGGACGAGAAGGUGCGAGAGCGGCUCCGGGCGGCCCUGGAGCGAGUCGCCACCCUGGAGGAGCAGCUGGCAGGUGCCCACGAGCAGGUGUCUGCCCUGCAGCAGGGAGCAGGGCUUCGGGAUGGAGUGGCGGAAGAGGAGGGGACUGUGGAGCUGGGCCUGAAACGCCUGUGGAAGGAUGACGAGGGCCGGCUGCAGGAGCUGCAGGAGUUGCUGGAGAAGCAGAACUUUGAGCUGAGCCAGGCCCGGGAGCGACUGGUUACUCUGACAGCAGCAGUGGCUGAACUGGAGGAGGACCUGGGCACCGCCCGCCGGGACCUGAUCAAGUCAGAGGAGCUGAGCAGCAGGCAUCAGCGGGACCUGCGGGAGGCUCUGGCCCAGAAGGAAGACAUGGAGGAGCGGAUCACCACACUGGAGAAGCGCUACCUGGCUGCUCAGCGUGAGGCCACGUCCAUCCAUGACCUCAAUGACAAGCUGGAGAACGAGCUGGCCAAUAAGGAGUCCCUGCACCGCCAGUGUGAGGAGAAGGCUCGACACCUGCAGGAGCUGCUGGAGGUGGCAGAGCAGAAGCUGCAGCAGACCCUGCGGAAGGCAGAGACGCUGCCGGAGGUGGAGGCCGAGCUGGCCCAGAGAAUCGCAGCCCUCACCAAGGCUGAGGAAAGGCAUGGCAACAUUGAGGAGCAUCUGCGGCAGCUGGAGGGCCAGCUGGAGGAGAAGAACCAGGAGCUGGCGAGGGUGCGCCAGCGGGAGAAGAUGAACGAGGACCACAACAAGCGGCUGUCAGACACCGUGGACCGGCUGCUCAGCGAGUCCAACGAGCGCCUGCAGCUCCACCUCAAGGAGCGCAUGGCUGCGCUGGAGGAGAAGAACACGCUGAUGCAGGAGCUGGAGAGCUCCCAGCGGCAGAUCGAGGAGCAGCACCACCACAAGGCAGACCCUGUCCUAACCCAGCCCUGCCAGCCUGCCGCCACCUUCUGUUUGCUCUUCACUUGGACCGAGUCUCUUUGGUGUGAUCUGUGGGCCUGGUCUGGGCCCUGGCUUUGCACUUUGCAGUGCCCUCUGCUGCUUCUCCCCAACUCUGCCAUCCUCUUUGUCCCUCUCUCCCCUCUCUGUCCCUCCCUGACCCCCACCCCACACCGGGUCUGCCUGGCACAGGGCCGCCUGUCCGAAGAGAUUGAGAAGCUGCGCCAAGAGGUGGACCAGCUGAAGGGUCGAGGGGGGCCGUUGGUGGAUGGCAUCCACUCCAGGUCGCACACGGGCAGCGCAGUGGACCUGCGGUUCUCCUUGAGCACGGCAGCCCCGGGCCUGCGUCGCCGCUUCUCGCUGCGGGAAGAGUCUGCCAAGGACUGGGAGCGGUCUCCACUGCCUGGUGUGCUGGCCCCCACGGCCGCCCCUGCCUUCGACAGUGACCCUGAGAUCUCUGACGUGGAUGAGGAUGGGCCAGGGGGUCUGGUGGGCUCCGUGGAUGUUGUCUCCCCGGGCAGCCACUCCGAUGCGCAGACCCUGGCCAUGAUGCUGCAGGAGCAGCUGGAUGCCAUCAACGAGGAGAUCAGGAUGAUCCAGGAGGAGAAAGAGUCCACGGAGCUCCGCGCGGAGGAGAUUGAGACGCGAGUGGCGAGCGGCAGCACGGAGGCCCUCAAUCUGACCCAGCCGCCCCGGCGCGGCCCCCUCCCCACCUCUCUGACUGCCCUGUCCUUGGCCAGUGGGUCCCCUGCAUUCAGUGGCCGCUCCACAGCUAAGUGUGCCUCCCGCAGUGCCAUUCAGGACCUGGACCGAAUGGGGGUCAUGACCCUGCCCAGUGACUUGCGGAAGCACCGGAGGAAGCUGCAGCCACCAGUGUCUCGGGAACAGAACCGAGAGGACAAAGCCACCAUACAAUGUGAGACCUCUCCUCCUUCCUCACCCAGGACGCUGCGGCUCGAGAAGCGCGGCCACCCAGCCCCCAGCCAGGAGGAAGGCCAGAGUGCCAUGGAGGACCAGGGCAGCAACCCCAGCAGCAGCAACAGCAGCCAGGACUCCUUGCACAAGGGCGCCAAGCGCAAAGGCAUCAAGUCGUCCAUCGGCCGCCUGUUCGGGAAAAAGGAGAAGGGCAGGCUGACGCAGCUGAGCCACGAUGGAGCUGCGGGCCACGUUCUGACAGACUCCGAGCUCGGGCUGCAGGAGCCCCUGGUGCCUGCCAAGCUGGGGACCCAGGCAGAGAGGGACCGGCGGCUGAAGAAGAAGCACCAGCUGCUUGAAGACGCCCGCCGAAAGGGACUGCCCUUUGCCCAGUGGGACGGCCCUACCGUGGUCUCCUGGCUAGAGCUCUGGGUGGGGAUGCCAGCCUGGUACGUGGCAGCCUGCCGUGCCAACGUCAAGAGUGGGGCCAUCAUGUCGGCCCUGUCGGACACGGAGAUCCAGCGGGAGAUCGGCAUCAGCAACGCCCUGCACCGGCUGAAGCUGCGGCUGGCCAUCCAGGAGAUGGUGUCUCUGACCAGCCCCUCCGCCCCGCCCACCUCCAGGACUUCCUCCGGGAAUGUCUGGGUCACCCAUGAAGAGAUGGAAACUCUGGCAACAUCCACUAAAACAACCCUGGCCUAUGGGGACAUGAGCCACGAGUGGAUCGGGAACGAGUGGCUGCCCAGCCUGGGGCUGCCCCAGUACCGCAGCUACUUCAUGGAGUGCCUGGUGGAUGCCCGCAUGCUGGACCACCUCACCAAGAAGGACCUGCGGGUGCACCUGAAGAUGGUGGACAGCUUCCACCGGAGCAGCCUGCAGUACGGCAUCAUGUGUCUCAAGAGGCUCAAUUAUGACCGGAAGGAGCUGGAGAGGAGGCGGGAGGAGAGCCAGCAUGAGAUCAGGGAUGUGCUGGUCUGGACCAAUGAGCAGGUGGUCCACUGGGUCCAGUCCAUUGGGCUCCGGGACUACGCAGGGAACCUGCAGGAGAGCGGUGUGCACGGCGCCCUGCUGGCCCUGGACGAGAACUUCGACCACAACACGCUGGCCCUGGUCCUGCAGAUCCCCACACAGAACACCCAGGCCCGCCAGGCGAUGGAGAGAGAGUUCAACAACCUCUUGGCCCUGGGCACCGACCGGAAGCUGGAUGAUGGGGAGGACAAGGUGUUCCGCCGUGCGCCCUCCUGGAGGAAGCGCUUCCGGCCGAGGGACCUCUCCGCAGGCGUGCUCAGCGUGUCCCCGCUGGGGUCCCUGCAGCCUCCACCGGCCCCGCCUAAGAAGGUCACGCCUGAAGCGCACUCCCACUAUCUCUACGGACACAUGCUCUCUGCCUUCCGGGACUAGCCACGCCCCAGGGCUCCACAGGCGCGGCCGCUGGACCCCUCCUGCUCGACCCCUUCCUCCAGGCUCCCAGGCUCUUCAGUGACUCUCCAGCCGCCCUGGGUCUCCGAAUACACACGUCCACCCCUGGGCCGUCCGCCAGCCCAGGCCCCGCGUGUCCUUUGUCAUCUCUGAUGUGGCUGCGCCUCCUGGAGUCGCGCAGCCCCGGGUGGGCUGUGACUCCACCUCCCCCCUGGUCCUGGCCUGGCCUCAACUUCCAGGGGAGACCAGGGCACCGACGCAGGCCGGGCGACCUGCCGAGAAAAGGGCGCUUCACCCUCUGCGUGUGAGCUAUCUGGCCUCUGGUCCCUGUCCCUGUCCUGGCUCUGCCCAGUGGCCUGCCUGCCAUGGCUUCUGCUCCAGGACCCCCUGCGGGGCUGGGCGGCAGCAGGCCUGUCCUGGGUGAGGCUGGGGAGGAGGUCCCAGGCCUGGCCUAAGCUGAAUCCCAAAUGCGAAUUUGAGAAGAACCUGGGAGAAAUGGGCCCCUGAGCUUUGGGUCGAGGGUCCAGGUGUGGAAACAGCCCCCCAUUCAGUGAGGCACAGGCUGGCCAGUGGAGGAGACCAGGGGCUGUGGUGGCCUCACCCAAAGGGCAGUGGGAUGCCACCCGUCCCGCGUGGGGUAGAGCUGCUGGGGGGUGGGGAAUGGUGUGGGGGAGGGUCGGGGCCUGCGACCUCAGCUCUGGGCAGGACAGAGAUCACCCCACACCCCACACACUGCCAGCCCUGCUCCGCACCCUGUCCCUCCGUCCCUCGGCCCCUGCAGGAAUCCCAGCCCACAGCGCGCCCAUGGCAGAGUGAGUGUGCCCGCCUCAGCUCCGGCUUGGGGAGGAGGGAGGCUGAGGCUGCCUCCCCUUCUCUCCUGGGAAGAGCUUGAUGCUUCCCCUAAGUGAGUCGGCCCGGCCCAGGUCACUGAAUGUGGGUGAAGGCCGCCCUCUACCCCUUGCUCAGGGCUCCCUGGGUGUGCAGGGACUGCCUCUUCUAGAGAUUCCUACCAAGUGGACAGCGUUCCCCAGCAGCAUGGCAUUCCCAGGAAAUCAUCUUCCUCGCCCAUUCCUCACCCCCCUCGGUGCUGGAAGUGCUGGGGACCCAAGUUCAGGAUGUGGGUGGAACCCAGGCUUCAUCCAAGCGAGAGCAGAGGCAGGUGUGUGGAGGCCACACUCCCGGCCGGUGGCUGAGCAGCUGGACUGGGGUCUGAGCGAGGCUGCCCGAGUGGGGCAGUGCAGGCUCGGCACUUGGCGACGUCUCAGAGGUGAGGUCCCCAUGCUGGGGUGGGGCUCCCCUCGCGCCCUGUCCUCCCUGGCAUCAGCCACCGUGGAGAUGAGGGCGGGGAGAGAAACCCCUGUGCUUGGGUGAUGGGCCUGAAGGUUGUGGAGAAACCCCAGGCUCUGCUUGGUGGAGUGGGGACCACAAGGCCGUGUGAUGGUCAGGGGACCCGACGAGCUGGUACGAGGGCGCGGCCGCAGCUGUCCUCCACUUCGUCCUCCACGCGGUUGUGCCGUGAGGCAGCAGCUGGGGGACCUGGGUCCCUUCGGGGCGGCGUGGGGUGUUUCGGAAGGCGAUGGAGGAGGGGCCGGUGGGGGUGAGGCUGCUGUCUGCUGCUCAGAGGAGGUUGUUUCUCAGUCAGUGCAUUUGCAGAGACCCGAGGCCUGAGCCCUCACAGCUCCCUUCAGGUCCCUGCUCAGCACCGUGCUAGCUCCGUGCAUCCGGAGGGGUGCCUGUGGUGUGCGUGCGUGUGUGUGUGUGCCCCACCAAUAAACCUGAUUUUACGAC